AGACACGGCAGCUCUUAGUUGAUCUGUUUUAGAAAACAGCUCUUGAUUCUAAGCACGACAUGUUUAGGUUGAUUCGGGUCUUAAAAUAUUCUUACAGACAAGAGCUGUAUUUUAGCAAGUCCCAUACAAAGUUAGAACUGCCUUUUUCUGAGUGUAAAAUAAUUCUUACAACACCAUUGAAGAAAAAAUGAAUACAGCUCCAGUGUCAUGUAUACCAGUGUCAAACAAGAUGUCUAAGGUGAAGAAAAUCCUCUCGGAGGCUCGUGAAAUUCAAAAUCGAGAGAUUGAUUUGGUGGAUCUCAAUAUAUCCACCCUUGAAGAAUGUCCCAGCCUACUGAGCAUGGGGUAUAUCACGAGAUUGACACUGAGCCACAAUAAAAUCCGGGAAUUGCCUCCUGGUCUGGCUAAUCUCACAAAUCUCGAGAUCCUCAAUCUCUCCAACAAUCAUCUGAAGGAACUGCCAGUGUCCAUAUCUUCAAUGCCAAAAUUGAGAAUUCUCAAUGUCUCAAUCAACCGUUUGGACACGCUUCCCAGAGGUUUUGGCGCCUUUCCUGUCAUCGAAGUUCUGGAUUUGUCGUACAACAAUCUUAAUGAGAAUACCCUUCCUGGGAACUUCUUUAUGAUGGAGACUCUAAGGGCAUUGUAUCUCGGUGACAAUGACUUUGAGUAUCUCCCGAAGGAAGUUGGACAGCUCAAAAACCUCCAAAUUCUUGGACUUCGCGAUAACGAUCUCUUGGAACUCCCACGAGAGAUUGGGGAGCUGACACGGCUGAGGGAGCUUCAUAUUCAAAACAAUCGCUUAACACUCUUGCCUCCGGAAAUUGCCAAAUUGGAUUUGUUGGGCAAUAAAUCUGUGUUGAAGAUGGAAGAAAAUCCAUGGGCUACGCAUAUUAAUGAACAAUAUCUCUUGGGGAUAAGUCACGUUCUCGAUUACAUUAAAUCCGAGGCGUACAGAAUACUUUACAAUCGCCAUGCGGCAGCUGGAAGGAGUGGAUUGACCAUCCCACCGAAAGCUGACAAAAGCAAGAAAGCCUCCCGAGCAAGAUCCUAAGUCCCAUUGCCUUAAAAUAAAACCAAAAUCGGAAAUACUUAAACUUACGUAUUAAUUAGCCGGAAUAACGAGAAAAUGCAAUAAUCCCGAUUUUUGGCUUUAAAAAGAAACGAGUGCCUAAUUAGUGACAGAAAAUCCCGAAAAAAUAAGCGAAGAUCAACGUUCGGGUAUCUUCGGGAACGAUCGUGUGUCAUCUAAAACGUCAAAUUCAAAUUUUGAAUGGAUAACGAAAAAUCCGACACUGCUUCUGUGUAUUAAUUUAUAAUUUUUUUACUAAAAUAUUAAUUUUAAUGUAUUAUUUACUAAAAAAAAAGAUUUUGUGAAUAAAAACAAACUGUUUAA